UGUUCGCCCCCGGGCUCGCACACCGGACAACGAGGCUCCAGCUCCUGCUUCCCCACCUCCAAUUCGGGCCGCAGGGGCUCCCCGGACCCCGUCCCAGCAGGUCUUUGCCGGCCUGCAGCCUAGUCCUGAGCAGUGUGACUCUAUGGGGGACUGUGGAAGUGCCUGGACUUGAACUAACCCUAAAAUAGCAUUUAGGUGUCUCAGUUAUCCCCCAAGACCACCUGUGGCAAGCUCAGCAUGGGUGGGGAUCUGAUUGAGAGGUAUGUGGCUGCCAUGGUGCUGAGCGCGGCUGGAGAUGCCUUGGGGUACUUCAAUGGGAAAUGGGAGUUCCUUCGGGAUGGGGAGAAGAUACACCAACAGUUGGCCCGGAUGGGUGACUUGGAAGCCAUAGAUGUGGAGCAGUGGAGAGUCAGCGAUGACACGGUGAUGCACCUGGCUACAGCAGAGGCGCUCCUGGAAGCAGGCAAACCCCUGAACUUGACUCAGCUGUAUUCCUUGUUAGCUAAACAUUACCGGGACUGCAUGGGAGACAUGGAUGGCCGGGCGCCAGGUGGUGCUUGUAUGCAGAAUGCCAUGCGGCUGGAGCCCAACAGGGCCGAUGGCUGGAGGAUUCCCUUCAACACCCGAGAGGGUGGCUGCGGGGCCGCUAUGCGAGCCAUGUGCAUUGGGCUGAGGUUCCCUCACCCCAGCCAGCUGGACACGCUGAUCCAAGUGAGCAUUGAGAGUGGCCGGAUGACCCACCACCACCCCACAGGCUAUCUUGGAAGCCUUGCGUCAGCUCUUUUCACAGCAUAUGCUGUGAGUGGCAAGCCACCACAUCAGUGGGGAAAAGGGCUGAUGGAGGUGCUACCAGAAGCCAAGAAUUACAUUAUUCAGUCAGACUACUUCGUGAAGGAAAAUCUUCAACACUGGUCCUUCUUCGAGAAAGAAUGGGAAAAGUACCUGGAACUUCGAGGAAUUUUAGAUGGCAAGUCAGCCCCUGUCUUCCCGGAGCCAUUUGGUGUGAAGGAGCGGGAUCAGCUCUACAUCUCCCUGAGUUACUCUGGCUGGGGUGGCAGUAGUGGACACGAUGCCCCCAUGAUUGCCUACGACGCCCUCCUUGCUGCAGGGGAUUCCUGGAAGGAACUCGCACACAGAGCCUUUUUCCACGGUGGAGACAGUGAUUCCACAGCGACCAUCGCUGGCUGCUGGUGGGGAGUUCUGCACGGUUUUAAAGGAGUAAAUCCUUCUAACUACGAGAAGCUGGAGUACAGACAGCGGCUGGAAGAGGCAGCACGAGCUUUGUAUUCUCUUGGGUCAAAAGAAGACACUGUAUUUGGCCCCUAAAAGAAGACACUGUAUUUGGCCCCUAGGGAGAGGGUGGGUUUUUUUGUUUAUUUGUUUUAGGUUUUGGUUUUUUUUUUUUUUUUUUUUUUCUGUUGGUUCCUUUCUCUAUAGUUGUGAUUCUCCUCAACUUUUUCCGGGGUCAAGAAUCCUAAUGUCAUGCUCAAAAGAGUUUUGAAAUGACAAGUUCCUUGGGCGCCUUUAGCUUUGCCCUUCCCACAUUCCCUUGUGUUCCCACACUUCCCCGCUCUCCCUGUGUUCAUGUCUGUGUUUGGGAAUCUUUUUUUUUUUUUUUUUUCAGUUGUUGGCAUCAGCUCUUCCUGUUCCAGGAACACCUUGUAUUUGAGUCUCCAUUUUUAUCAUGGAAUUGUUCCC